CAUUCAAUCUUUUCUUUCUCUUAUCAAGUUCCUCUAGAAACAAACAUGGGGAAUAACGGUAGCAUUAAUGUCAACGUGCAUGUUCCUCUGUUUAUGAGCACCGGAAACGGAGGUUCAGCCGAUAACAGCCCCAGUAGCCCAGUCUCCACUGAUAGGCUUUUUCGAGCUAUAUUCGUGGAAGGCCAUACUUUGCUUCCCCAAAUCGUGCCAAAAGCAAUAACAAGUGCUAACAUAGACUCAGAUGGUAGAGUCAUGUAUAUUACCUUUGCUGAAGGAAUGAAGCUGAAGUUGGAUGAAAUUGACAUGGAAAAAUUGACGUGCAGGUGCACUAUGUCUCAUUCCGAUGCAGACGAUAGUGUUGGUAUAGUUGUUACGCAUUGCAAAUUUGAACCUGCUGCACGUGGAGGAUCGGAGCUAAAAAUGAGUACCGAUUUCGUGCCGAAAGGUGAUGUUGACCAAGUUGAAGACGAAUUGGAUUCUCGAAUUGAAAAGGUUCGAGAGACCUUCAAAAUUGUUGGUCGUUACCUUGCUAAGAAUCCUGAAGUUUGUGCAUAAACAGAACUUCUUGGGUAUUUGGAGAUAUUGUCUUUAUUUUGCUCGUGUAUGAGAAUAAAAAACUCCUCUGGCUGAGUUUGCUUGUAUAAUUCCGAUAUAAUAUAAAAACGGAAUAUUGUUGUCUUAUCAAUUUAUAUUUAUAUAUCUAUAAUAAAAAUGGAAGAAUGUUGUUUCUAUCGAUAUAUAUAUAAAAAUGGAAAGAUUGUUGU